AUGAGCAAAGUCAUCGUCGACGUCUCACAAGGAAUAGCUACAAUCACAUUCAACCGUCCAGAUACACUCAACGCGAUCACGGCAGAAGAUUAUGAAGCCUUUGCAUCGGCUUUGCGCGACAUUGAUCAACGUCCUGAUGUCCUGGUGACCGUCUGGCAAGCAACUGGAAGAUGGUUUUGCGCUGGGACCGAUGUCAAGGCCUCAAAACUGCCUGCUCCUACACUGCGUCGCCAGUUCUUAACGAGAGUUGCCGACACAAACACUGAAACAAGCCACGCGCUGUACACUCACAGCAAGAUUUUAGUGGCUGCGUUGAACGGACCAGUCAUGGCAGCAUUUUUAGGUCACUUUGAUUUCAUCUACUGUGUACCCAAUGCAUGGCUAUCCGUCCCCUUCACUUUCUUGGGCCUUGUUGCAGAAGGCGGAUCCAGUGUCAUGUUCAUGAAGCGCAUGGGAGUUGCGAAAGCCAACGAAGCUCUCAUCUGGGGCAAGAAACUGACGGCUGAAGAGCUACUAGCCUGCGGCUUUGUCAAUCAAAUCUUUGCUCAACAGACACCUGAGUCAUUUCAUGUGGCCGUCCGUAAACACUUGCUGGAACAACUGUCCGGCUUGGAACCAAGUUCCGUGUUGGGCGUGAAGAAGCUGCUGAAAGCCGGUUUAAAGGAGCAAAACGACCCUGACGCCGCCAAUAUACGGGAAAGUUUCGAACAAGCGAAGCAACUUCAUACUGGUAUCCCAGCCGAUCGGUUUGCCAGGAUCGCUAGGAAGGAGAUCCGGCACAAGCUGUGA